AUGGUACCGCAGAAUCCCCCCAGGAAGAUCCUACUGCUCACAAAUGUCGAACGCGGUGAAGCCAACGUGUUCUUGGCUACAUGUGAUGCACUGCUGCGACUUGCUCCGAAUAUCGAGCUCCACUUCGCGACUUUUGGUGGCUUGGAGGAUGCCGUUGCGUCCGUUAGCCAACAUGUCCGCGAAUCCGUUCCCCAAUCAAAACCAAUCACCUUCCACAAGAUCGAAGGGACUUCAAUGGAGGAUAGCCUAAGGCAAUACUUCGUCCGCGAGAAAGUUCCCACUCGAGCGGGCUACCCUCCGAACUCAUACCUCGAACGACCAGGGAUCUUAAACACAACUAGAGCGGUCCGCGACACUGUCCCUGUAUUCGUGCCGUAUAAUGGACCACAGAUGGUGGAGAUAUUCCGGUCAAUUUGUGAAACCAUCAAGAAGGUUGAUGCAGAUCUUGUGGUGGUAAAUAGCCUGAUGACUGCCGGGUUGACAGCGUGCUACCAUCUCAAGAUCAAGUUCACAUGCUUAAGUCCCAAUUCUAUCAAGGACUUUGCAGCAUCAGUUCAACCAAAAGCAGCGGGACUUUGGAAGGUCCCUGCAUUGUUUUCCGGGUAUAAGUUCCCAGUGCCCUGGUAUUCACGGCCACUCAACGUAUACUUCAAUCUCUUCUCUGUAUUCGCUUGGAGCAGAGACCGCAACAGAAAGGAAACCGAGAAGUAUCUCGCCACACAUACUGGCGCCAGGCUGAGAACACCGAUGGAUCUGAUUAUGAAUCGACCCGAUGAUCUGAAGAUCCUAGUGAGCUCUCUCCCAGAGCUUGACUUUCCGCUACUCAUGCCCGACUACAUUCUUCCAUGUGGACCGAUUCUCCGAGAUGCCUCAACGAUCCAAGAAUCAGAUCCCGGGCUUGAAGAGUGGUUAUCCAAGGGACCGACGAUCUACCUGAAUCUAGGAUCCAUCUGUCCUGUCGCUGAAGAUCAGGCUCUCGAAUUGGCCUUGGCUCUGAAAGUUGUGCUUGACACACUGAGAGUUCAGCCCAAGGCUCAGAAUUUCCAGGUGCUUUGGAAGCUAAAAAAGCUGGGUAACUACCCGGUUUCGGAACCGGGGUCUCCAAUCGGGAAGGUUUUGGGACAAUAUAUCAAGCUCGACUCCGUGAGAAUUGUGGACUGGAUUCAAGUUGAGCCAAUCGCAAUUCUUCAAUCAGGACAUGCUGUGUGUUCAAUUCACCACGGCGGAGCAAAUUCUUUCAACGAAGCUGUGAGAACUGGCGUUCCACAAGUGAUCCUCCCACAAUGGAUCGACUGUUACGACUACGCAGAGCGUGUCGAGAUGCUGGGCAUCGGUCGAGUGGGUAACAGGAAAGCCAAGCCACAAUGGACCGCCCGAGAAUUGUCAAAAGAGCUUCUUCGCGUGCUUCAAGGCCAGAGUGCUAUUUCGAUGCGACAAAGGGCAAGCGAUCUGGCGAGCAUGUGUGACAAGAAUGGAAUUGGUGCGGUGGUGGCCGCGCAAACCCUUCUGGGCGAAUGUCCUGAGAAAUUGAUUUGA